AUGUCCAUCAAGGAGACUAAUCACGACUCGGCAGGACGAGGAACAUCAACAGCAGUGCACGCCACCGAAACGCAAAAGCAGCUUGCGAACACCCUCAACGUCCGCUCGGCCGCAGACCAGGACUUUUCCUACCAGAAUGGCAUCGUCUUAGGCUUCCGCCAGCUCGGCACCAUGCUCCGUCGCAACACUAUUCUCCAGAUCCGAUACAGAAGAUCGACCUUUGCCCAGACCCUGCUGGGUCCCAUCCUCUUCCUCUUCCUUCUCUGGGUCCUCCAAAAGGCCGACACCUCGCGUCAACUACAGUCCAACUACCACCCCGAGUCAUGGACACUCCCUGGGAUCGACACCUGCCAGGGACGGACACCAAAGAAGGCUUGUAUUAACGUCAUGUUCACACCCGACACCCCCGAGAUUCGCCAGAUUCUCACCACUGUCAACAACAACAACAAAGUCCGUGAACCCACAGUCGACCUCGCCUUUGCCAAUGCAUUCUCUGCAUCGGACCUCAACACUCUCCCCACAACCACCCUCGACCUCGUCCCUGUUCCCAACGGCGACUUCAUCUACAAGUACUCGCUCCAGAACCCUAACACUACCCGCUUCGGUAUCGAGUUUUCGAUUGUUGAAGGCCCUCCCAAGAACUAUGUCUACCAGACCUGGUUCAACUUUACGACCUCUGCCAAUGGAACCGAUCCUUUUGGCGAUUCGCUUCUCUCAUUCACCCGCGCUGUCGACGAGGCCAUCCUCCAGAUUGCCGAGGGAACAUCUGCCAACCUCAAUGCCCACCUCAAGGAUUUCCCCAAGGUUCCUCCAACGCUUGCCAGUGACGAAGUCGUCUCCAGUCUCGGCGCCAUGUUCUUCUUCUGCUCCAUGAUGGUCAUUUUUAUCUGUGUCCUCAACCAGAUUGUCAUGGAAAAGGAGCUCCACCUGCGCCACAGUAUGCAAAUGAUGGGUCUGAAGACAUUGGUCUACUGGUUCUCGUGGUGGCUUUCGAACGCUGUCUUGGUCCUCAUCAGCGCCGUUGUCAUUUGCGGAUUUGGUAUUGCCUUUGGAUUCUCGGUCUUCAAGAACUCCAACUUUGGUGCGCUGGUCAUUACCUUCUUGCUCUUUGGACUGGCCAUGGUCACUAUGGCCUUCUGGAUCACCACCAUGGUCAAGGCCUCCAGGACAGCCAUCUUGAUCGGAAUCUUUUUGUUUAUCAUCGGUCUCCUCUUUGAGAGUAUGGUCUUUUCCAACUCGUAUGUUGGUUACAUCUGGUAUGACGAAGGCACCUCUGUCGCCGGCAAGUACUGCCUCAUGUUUAUUCCUUUCUUCAACUUUGGCAAAAUUUUCCUCGACAUGUCCCUGUACUCGUCGGGCCGCUUCGACGUCUUGACGGCGACCUACAUUCCUGGUCCCGGCUUCCACUGGAACAACCUUUACGACAAGAUCCCUACCUCUUACACCCCUACCUAUGACACCUACAAGACCCGCCAUCCUGAUGUCCCAGCACCUGUCCAGUCGUGGUACUUGCUGUUGAUGAAUAUUGGAGUUUUUGCUAUCCUCACCCUCUACUUUGACCAGGUCGUUGCUGAUGAUUACGGCAACAGCCGUCACCCUCUGUUCUUCCUCGACCCUUCCUUCUACGGCCUGAACAUUCGCAAAAAGCUCUCGACUCACGACUGGAUCGCCGCUCAGCAAGCCAACAAGGCCAAGCGUGAUGCUUACAUGGCCAAGAUGAGCAAAGAUCGUUCGGAUCUCCCAGUCGAGGACGAGGAUGACGUAGAUGUCACAGUUGAGAGAGGCUUGGCUUUGGACAGCAACUUUGAGACCGCCGCCAGAAUCUGCAACCUGCAAAAGGUCUUCCGGGAGUCAGCCUUCAGGAAGAGUCCUCUGGACAAGAUUGCCGUCAAGGAUCUGUGCUUGACAUUGCAGGAGGGCAAGCUGUUGGCGCUUUUGGGGCAGAACGGUGCUGGAAAGUCGACCACCAUGAACAUGUUGUCGGGAUUGACGCGCUCGACUGGAGGAGAUGCCACCUUUUACGGACUAUCGAUGAACUCGGAGAUGGCAGAGAUUCGCUCGAUGAUGGGAGUUUGCCCCCAGCACGACAUUUUGUUUGACGACCUGACUGCUAAGGAACAUAUUCAACUCUAUGCUGGACUCAAGAACGUGCCCAAGGAGGACAUCCCACGCCUGACUGAGGAGCGCUUGAACGCCGUUCGACUCUGGAAUGUCAAGGACAAGUUGUCGCACACUUACUCUGGCGGUAUGAAGAGACGUCUCUCCAUGGUCAUCUCUACCCUCGGUGACCCCAAGAUUAUCUUUUUGGAUGAGCCUACUACUGGAAUGGACCCUACGAACCGUCGCCAUGUAUGGUCGUUUAUCGAGAAGUUCAAGCAGGGACGCAUUAUAAUUUUGACGACUCACUCUAUGGAAGAGGCUGACAUCCUUGGAGACCGCAUCUGUGUCAUGGCUCACGGACGCCUUCGUGCUAUCGGAAACUCGAUCCAUCUUAAGAACAAGUUUGGAGCCGGAUACCGUAUCUCCCUUAUGACCGACCCCGCCAACACCGAGUAUGUCAAGUCUCAGAUCGAGUCGCGCGUUCCUGGCUGUAUCCUCAAGGACGACUCUGCCGGUGCGUUGCUGUACCAGUUCCCACCCUCGUCGAUGAGCAGUAUUCCAGGACUGGUCAAGUGGCUCGAGACUGUUGAUGGUGGUACCAGUUCCUCUGUUCGUCCUGCUGGCUCUGCACAGGGAUCCAAUGCGAACAGCGGACGUAACACUCCCUUGCCUUCGUCUUCAAGCGAGAACCAGAUCUCCUCUGCUCCAGGUCUUACUCCUGUGUCUGUGCAUCUUGGACAGAAUGAACAUGCUGAGCCUUUGGUGCAUGGUUAUGGUAUCUCGCAGACGUCGUUGGAGGAGGUCUUCUUGAAGCUGAUUAGAGACGCUAACCCUGACGGUUACCAAGGGUAUGAGGUCAAGAAGUCCAAGAAGUCUGAUGCUGGUGUUGUCGAUGUGAAGCAGGAUUCUGACGCGACACUCAGGAACCGUAGACAGUAG